CUUUGACGAAAAAAAUAAACAACGAGAAAAGGUAAAAAUGUCAACGCAACACGAUAGGGAAAUACUUGAUACCAUAUUUAAUCCUUUAGGGUCCCUCGCAGACAAAUUGCCAGACGAGGCAACUGACGAAUCUGUUAAAGAUGAGGAAGAUGAAAGUGAUCCCACCGUCAAAGCCGCAAAGCAACUGGAAAUGGAUGCAGUCACCCUUGCAGAAUCUGGAAAUAUUGAGGCUGCCAUUAACCUGUUUACUAAGGCCAUAGCUACGGCACCUUCUAGACCUUCUGCAUACAACAAUCGAGCGCAAGCAUACAGGCUCGGUGGAAAAAUUUCAGAAGCUGUCGCAGACUUAAACUUGGCGAUACAGUUGAGCAACGGCUGUGGUAAAUCGGGGUGUCAAGCACUUUGCCAGCGAGGUAUUAUUCGUCGUAAGGAGGGCAAUGAUGACCUAGCAAAGGAAGAUUUCAAAGCUGCAGCAAACUUGGGAAGCAAAUUUGCAAAGCAUCAGCUAGUGGAAAUGAAUCCAUAUGCAGCACUCUGCAAUCAGAUGCUUCAUGAUGUUAUGAAAAAAUUACAGGCACAGGAAGCAUAAAACACUCAAUUGUGUCAUAUGGAUAAACGGAAACUGGCAAUACUCUUUCAAUUUCUGACUCUGUUACAUUAAACAUGUGGGAGAAGGGAUACUAAGCACACAACACCAACUGAAGAUAAUCAUGCAAAUUACUAAAUAAUGAUAUUAACAGAAUCUUUCAAGGUGUUCUGAGGAAUGGCAAAAAAGGAAAAAAAAAAUGCUAAUGAAGAUGGUUAAUGGUUAAUUCAGGAAAAAGAUCAUACUGUAUAUUUGAUUAUCAAAAUAAACACUGUUCUUUAUAACAUUUA